GCACUGAAGUGUAUUUUCAGUUGCGCCCCCCGUGGUCAGCCACUCACUGAAAACAUCCCGCUGACAUAAAGGCAGCGCGGAUGAACCGUGGUGGCAGGGGACGCGUGUGUCCGACACAGCGCAGUCCCAUCCACGGGGGGCUCGGUGGACCCCAAAUGGCGGCGUGAGUGAAGGAUGCGCCUCCCCAUCUCCAUCUUUGUGUCGGUGUCCCUGUUCACUGCCGAGACCACAGCCGCGCUGUACCUCAGCUCCACGUACCGCUCCGCAGGGGACAGGAUCUGGCAGGGGCUCACGGUCCUCUUCACGCUCGUGCCCUCCGUGCUCGUGCAGCUCACCCUCACGUUCAUCCACCGAGACCUGAGCCGGGAUAGACCGCUCAUCCUCCUGCUGCACAUUCUGCAGCUGGGACCCAUUGUCAGGUGUCUGGAGGCCUUCUGCAUCUAUGGCAGCGUGGGCCGUGUGGAGGAGCCCUAUGUCAGCAUCACCAGGAAGAAGCAGAUGCCGCGCCGGGGGCAGUCUGAGGAGGUGGAGCGGCAGGUGGGGCAGGCGGAAGGCAAACUGUUCACCCACAGAGCAGCCUUCGCCCGCACCUCUGUCAUCCAGGCUUUCCUCGGAUCUGCACCCCAACUCACUCUUCAGCUCUACAUCUGUGUGUUGCAGCGGGGUGUGUCUAUUGGCAGAGGAACUUUAAUGGUGAUCAGCCUACUGUCUAUAGUAUAUGGAGCACUGCGCUGCAAUAUUCUUGCCAUAAAGAUCAAAUAUGACGACUAUGAAGUGGACGUGCGGCCCUUGGCGUAUAUGUGUAUCUUUCUAUGGAGGAGUUUUGAGAUUGCCACUCGGGUGGUGGUGCUGGUGCUGUUCAGCUCUGUACUGCAGCUCUGGGUGCUGCCCGUGGUUUUGCUCAACUUCCUGGUUUUCUUCCUCUACCCUUGGAUCCUGUUCUGGUGGAGCCACUCUCCUUUCCCUGAGAAUAUCGAGAAAACUCUGUCCAGAGUAGGAACCACCAUCGUGCUUUGUCUGCUCACCUUCCUCUACGCAGGUAUCAACAUGUUCUGUUGGUCUGCAGUGCAGGUUAAACUGUGCGACCCAGACCUCAUCAACAAAUCACAGAACUGGUAUCGCAUGGCUGUCUACUACAUGCUGCGCUUUGUGGAGAAUGCUUCAUUGCUGCUGCUGUGGUACAUCUUCAGAACAGACUUCUACAAUGACAUCUGCGCUCCACUGCUGGUGCUACAGCUGCUUGUAGCAUACGCCAUUGGGAUCUUCUUCAUGCUCGUCUUUUAUCAGUUCUGCCACCCGUGCCGAAGACUCUUCUCCUCCAGUAUGAGCCAGGGCCUUUGGGACUGCUCCUCUGUGCUCUGUGUCAUGUGCGACACGACUCCAUCACCCAUUAGGACCACAGGUAAAGCUGCCCUCCAGCCCCCCAGCUCUGAUUGCAAAGAGCCCCCCAGUGACCGGGCCAGUGACACGUAUGAAGAUAUGCCGAAUGAUACAACCUAUGAUAUUCUCAACGACACCAUCUAUGACUGUCCUAGUGACAUGGCCGUUAUCACAGACACAGGGGUCAAUGGCGAUGCUGGCUACAAUGAGCCCUGCAAUGCAUGAAUACUUUAGUUAUUUACCAGCACUAAGCACAUUUAAACUACAGAAUAAAAGCACCACUUUGAACAAUGCAAGAAAAAUACAAGAAUGGAUAUAUUUCCAAAUACAGAUCACUGCAGAACGAAAUGGCACAGAUUAAGAUAAUAGUUUUUCAAAACUCUGCAAUUUACCUUGCAUACAUUUUGGAUUUACUUGCACUGCCCACCACUCAUUCAGUUCCUUUAUCUGCUUUAACAUAAAGCAUGGCUGAUGUAAAAUUAGUAAAACUAUUUUUAGGUUGUUUUAUAGUGAAAAAUUGAACCAUGCAUCUUAAACUCUUAAGUGCCACGUGGAUCACAGAGUCUACUCUUAACAUCAUCUCCAUAUUAGAAGCCAUAUUAUACUUUUUCCAUCUGAUCCUGGAAAGAGAAAGUGUGUCCUUAACUAGUUUGUUUACUAGCUACGGCUGAACAAGUGCAGAGUUAAGGUUAACAGACUUGAAUCAUUUUGCGAAUUAAAAGCUUGGGGUCAGUACACACUGUACUUUUAUGCUGCAUUAUUAAAAUCACAGUGAGCCACAAGUUCAAGCUGAUCGUAUUAUCUAUUAAGCAUGGAGGUGUGCAUGUGUGGAACAAAGUGAACUGGAGUGAAUAGUAUUUAAUGCCAGUGGCUGCAAACAAUCAGCUUUUGAAGAAAAUGUCUAAAUAAUAGCUUUAUCAUUACAAUGUGCUGCUUCUAUGGUGUAAUUUUGCUGAAUGAGAAUUUUAACUUGAUGUUCUAUGUAAUAUGCCUGUACAGUCAACACCAAACAUUUUUGUGUGAAGCAUGUGGACAACUCACCCAUUUUUUGCACGUCUAGAUGGAAAUGUGUACUCAUAAAUGUAAUGUUUUUAUGUGUGCCAUUGGUCUUAACACAACUGCACAUGUCUGAUGCCUCAGCUAACCUUUAACUGCAGUGUGUGUGAGAGGCAUUCUUUAACAAAUGUAAAUUCGAAGGUUCUGAUGUUUGUUAACAAAGAAAAAAAAAAAGCCACAAGAAAACGUAUUGCACACGUAUUUCUCAUUUAUAAAAACAUUUAAAAUAACGCAAAAAUAAAUUUAUAUUUAUAUCAGCAAAAUGUGUCGAUCCUUGCUAAAAAUCAAUGAUUCAACAUAUCCUGUCACCCAAAACGCCAAGUAAAAUAACCUUAAUAUUACUUUUUCUAGGACUAUAACUUUUUGUGGUGGUGGGUCUGCCAACUGCUUGUCUCCAUGGAGAAGAUUGAUUCCUUUGUACUGUUUAUCAUUAAUUAUCACAUCAAUUUAUCAUUUGUUUCAGGCCAGGCGUUUUUAUUGCUCAAAUACCUGCCUGGGAGAAAUAUACAUUCUACUCUAAAGAGACUUACCUCUCCACAGAUCUGACUUGUAACUUAACACAGGUUUUGUUACCUGCUUGUUGCAUAAUGAUGCAUAAUGUUUGGACCAUUUUGUGCAAAGCAAUAACCUCUCCAUGGAGACAAACUGGAGGAAUACCCUUCACCACUACAGUUGAGCAGUUUAAAGGUGCACUGCGUAACUUAAUACGACCUAAAUGUGAUCUGUUUAUGCCCUUCAUUCAGUUUGGUCAAUAAAAAAAAAACUACAGACUGUGUCAUUAAGGCUAGUUUCUCCUGUCAUCUAGUGGUAAAAAAAAAUGUUUCAUGCAGUAUGGACGAGUGUUGCUUACACUUUUUAUUAAGUGCCGUGGUCCCACAAUAAAUUAACAUUUUACAGUUUUGCCAAAACCCUUCAAAUAUUAACAUUUAAAUACAGAAAAUGGGAAUUUGCAUCUAAACAAUAAACUUUUUCAUUCAAUUAUUUCAGUCAGCCAAACUUAAACUGCUACUACUCAAGUCAAAAAGCCAACCUACCCAAUCUUCUUUUCUUGAAUGAAACGGCAAUGAUUUGGUCAGAACUAUCACUGACUGAUCAGUCCACUCUUGAGCUUACAAAGAAGUUUUUGAAUAGUCUCUUUAUGUUGUCUUUUGUCUUCUCCACAACAGUUUGUAAAAGGGUGCUUGUUAUUUCUGAGCCUUUUUUAAAUUCUAGCUUCAGGCAAAAUAAAACUUG